CGGAGACAAAGAAGAGAGGCGACGACCAUUCGAGGAGGGAGAGGAAAAGAAGAGAACGAUCUCUGCUGGAAGAAGGAGAGAAAAGAAACCUCUCUGUGUCUCCCUGCAAAUCUUGUUGCCACACUGAUCCCCUCGACGAAGAAAGGAGACAAGGAAAACGAGAGAAAAGGGGAGAGACCUCAGGUCAAAAAGGAAGCGAACCGACAGAGAAAAGAAGCGAACAACUCGACAGCAUAGCCAGAUCAGCAAGUAGCAGAGCAGAGGACGAGAGAGACUGAAGAGAAUAGGAGGGAAGAAUGAAGAAGAAAAGGUGGAAACGCCGAGGAGGGUAGAGACCUCUACGGUGUCGUGAGGCAACUGAUACGUCGAGAAGAACAUUAAUUUUUCGACAGGAUUUCUUCAGAUCUCCGCAGAUCGUUUUCCCUGUCUUUCUCGCUCAACGACAACUGGAAGAACCGUCAAGAAACGUCCAAAGCACACGACAACAGCCUUCCUCGUUUUUGUCCUCUUCGGUAAUCUGAGGCAUCAAGACGUACACCCGGUGGUGACCCUCUUCUUCUUCUUUCCGUGUCUUCGCCUUCAUUCCUUGUGCCCCCUGUUGCCUUUUCUCUUCUUCUCUUUUCCCUCCUGUCUGUCUGGCCGCUGGAGAGCGCGUUCGCGGUUCUCGAGAACGCGUUUUUUCUCCUCUUCGCGGCCUUUCGGAUGCUGCGCCGUCUCCGAGUGGCUGAGAUCCUUCGAGAAGAGCAGAGAGCUGCCCGAAAAAGGCAGUGCCUCGCUGCUGCAAGCUGUCUACAUGCAGAAGGUCGAGCGGAGGCACCCGGAGGUCCGGAGAAGGAGCGGAAGAGACUUCGUCCGUUCUCUGAAGAGGCGAAGGUCGAAAGAAAAACGAGGAAAGUCGGGAAGCGGAGAGAAAUCGCCGUCGACUCGCGUCAGUUUCGUUCGAUUUCGUGUGAACUGCCAGACAGCUUCGCCAGCGAGGUGGCUGACGAGAGAACAAGAGAAAACGCGGCGUUUCUUUGGAGCACAGAGGCAGAGUCGGCGAUUCUUGGGGACUCGACGCGGAGCAACUGGCCGAGCGACCCGUUUGAAAGCCAGGUCAAAGGCCAUAAUCAAGUCCUUUUCGCAGACAACAAGUCAAGGGUGACGAUCAGCAGUCGUCCAGCGUCUGCCAGACCGGCCGCUAGCGAACACGACAUGCGAGCGAUCCUCACAUAAAAUAGCAUGCAUGCUCUUGAGAGCGUUUCCUCGCAGCAGCGGCGCGUGAGUACCGCUUGCCGCUCUUCGCUUUCUCGAGGCGCUCGUCUCCUGAGUCGAAAUGCGCUAGUUGUCGGCGGAGGUACUUUCUUCUCAGCGAGAAUAAGUUGCAGGCGUCGCGGUCGACGGCCAGACAAGCGGCGCAAGACGACGCAGAGAGAACCGUCCGAGACUACAGAAGCGCAGGCUAAGAAGAAGAGAGGGAAGGAGCAAGCGAGAAGGCAAGAGAAAGGGAGAGGAAGUCUUGGAGACAGACACAGUGAAGAAAGAGCGAGAGAGGUGCAAAGAAGUGAUGGGGAGACGCUCUGUAGUUUCUGGAUUCGAUAUACACAGGGGAAGAGGUCGGC